AUGGCGAAUGACGAAUAUGACUUUCUCUUCAAGGUGGUGCUCAUUGGAGACUCAGGUGUCGGCAAAUCCAACCUCUUGAGCCGUUUCACCCGCAACGAGUUCAAUCUCGACUCCAAGUCGACCAUUGGCGUCGAGUUCGCCACACGCUCCAUCCAGGUCGAUGCAAAAACCAUCAAGGCGCAGAUCUGGGAUACCGCGGGCCAGGAGCGAUACCGUGCCAUCACCUCUGCAUACUACCGUGGCGCAGUCGGUGCGCUGCUCGUCUACGACAUCAGCAAGCACCAGACAUACGAAAACGUCACGAGGUGGCUAAAGGAGCUGCGCGACCAUGCUGAUUCCAACAUCGUCAUCAUGCUUGUGGGUAACAAGAGCGAUUUGAGGCAUCUGCGGGCAGUGCCUACAGAGGAGGCAAAGCAGUUUGCAAGCGAAAACAACCUAUCCUUCAUCGAGACGUCUGCCCUCGACGCCAGCAACGUAGAGCUCGCCUUCCAAAACAUCCUCACAGAAAUCUACCGCAUCGUCUCAAGCAAAGCCCUCGACCAAGGCGAAGGCAGCCAGAACGUGCUCGGCGGCGAGCGCAAAGUGCUCGAAAUCAGCAAGUCGGCCGAUGCCGAACAGAAGAAGGGAUGUUGCUAG